CGCGAGUGAACGUGUGUGUGCGCGAAGCAUCCAGGCUCAUCGAGAUUCAUUGCAAACAAUAUCCUAUACCGGUAUUAGUACAUCCGUAGAUACAGAAGGUUAUCUAGUACAUAACGCGUCGGCGUAUAUUUCAACAAUAAUAUUGGACGGUAGAUUGAUUUCUGUGACGGUGAAGCGUGGUAAGCUGCAGACUCGCGGGCGAGGUGCAUUGAACAACGCGGACAUGGCGGGUACGAAAAUGUGCUAGUACGCAUACAUGAGGUUCUUGACGGCGCAUUGUGUCAACGGAGGUGACGAUCACGAUGUCAAACAGACGGCCAUUGUUCCGAUGACUAGGAUUCCAAAAUUCAGUCCGGCCAGAUGGGAUCCAAGAAAAUCUUAUCGCGUGAUAUGUGGCGUUGGUUUUUGUCCGACGUACAUCUCACACUUCGCAGGCACGAUCCACGAGCUCGCUAACCGAAUUGCUAACAAGAGAAUAACUUUCUCACCCUCGCAUCUCGCGGCGAGUGCUACCGAGGCAUCAUCGGCUGGCGAGCUGAACCUGAGUGACAUAACGGCAGUUGCGAGGGGUUCGAAAUCUGGGCGGAGGGGUGUCGGUCGCUUCGGUACGAGGUUGGAUAUCAUGCAGCGCUACGUGGAAGACGAGGAGGGUGAAAAGUCAUCGUCGAAGUCGGCGGGUACGUAUUCGAUCGCGCGAAGACUGCGUCAGGUUGAUAGCCCGGCAACGGGUCGAUCGGUCCGGAAAGAGGAGGCGGUAAGGCGAACGUACGUGGAGAAAAGGGUACUGGUUCGACGUCCGGUUGCGUCGAGCACGGCAAAGCGGUGCAAAAUGGUCGAUGAUUCCAGCGGGUGCGGCAGUCCGCCUGGGGAUCUCGGGUUGAAUACGCCAGUGAGAUGUAUCACCAGACUGCCGACGGCGAUGAUGACGGUGAUGGAGGUUGGUUGCCAGGUGGGGUCGUCGAUGACCAACUAACAGAGAGGUGAUGUUUCGGACGUAUGCGGCAGUCCGGUUGAGGAUCGUGGCGGUGCGAUUGUUGCGGAACCAACGCGGUUCAGCGGUACGCCGCUGUGUUCAGUUGACGAUGGCAGCGAUGACAUUGACGAUGGUGUUACGUUCCGAGAGGAACGUUUCGAGUCGAUUCUGAUUCGCCGCGUGAUUUAAAUUGUUCUCCUGACUUACGUAGUUGGUGUAUGUAAAUCUCGAGAAUCCGCUGAUCAGCUCCUCAGAUCUUCUCGUUCAACUCGCCUACAAUUCUGAGAGUUUGUUAGGUAGGGCUCGUGCCAACCAUCACUAAGCGUGAUUGAAAUAAUUAUUUAUGACAACACUUGGGUUAAUUACACAUUUAUUAACGGUCUCCUUCUGGUUCUCGAUGGUAGGUUUACAAUCGUGGUACAGAUUGGUGUUAAUCACUAUCGCAGUGACAAACUGUUAACAAGUCUCGAAGGUUCUGAAUGACGUAUAAUGAUUUAAUUCUAGGAUUUCAGUAGAGAUCUGAUCUGUUCUCUAUGAUGUCUGAAGUUCUUCUGAUGAUUCUAUUUUCUCGAAAGGUUUGAAUUAGAGGAAAAGUAGGAGGAGUUCAAAAGGAGUCGCGGUUUCUCGCGGGUCUCGGAUGAUUGGUCAAGGAUGAUGAAAUAAUUGAGGGUAAGAUUUCUGAUUCGUGCAUGAGAUCUCGGUGGUGGAUUAGCGCGAGGUAGUUGGUUUAGAGAAGCAAGCGGCGGAGCGUUAAUUGGUCUUAUCAUUAUUAAAAUGAAGGCGCUAUCCUGAAUUCUGAGAAUAAGGGUUUCUUUAUCUAUGAACUAUCCGUGAUUUCUCUUCCCAUGUUUCCGGUGUUUAGUCUACUUGAUUAUCUUAAUUACUGCAGGUGUUUAUUACUUUAGGUUAUUACGGUUGAGGUCGUAAAUCAAAGGUUUUAUGUGAAAGCUAAUGUUGAAAGGUAUAACGGUUAAAUGAGAAAAAAUAUACAUACCAUGUAUGUUAUGAAUAUGACUGAUAAAAUAACGGUUAAUCUAGCGUGUGAGAACUAUCGAUAUAAGAAUUUGGACGUUAUGAUGGUAGCUAUGUGUGUUAGUAUUAAUCUACGACUAUCGGUAAGAGCACGUAAGGCUCUCUUAUGGUAACUGCACGCUGGUCAGGUAGGGCGCAGAGAGGGCGCCGCCGUGGAUACCGGCUGGCACGUAACAAUGGCACCGAUGAUGACAGUAUGGUUACAAUGAGCACCGGUAGUCGAGUGGCGUCGUCCCUUUCGACGGUCGAAAAUACUGACUCGCAGGUUACGGAACCGCGGACAGAGGGUGGUGGCGCGUUGCCGAGUUGUGUUAUUGAAAAAUUUAAAUUGAAGUUGGCCAAGCGGACGAAGGAGAUUAGAAGCUUGAGAGCGAUCAACAUGCACCUGCAAAAGGCUCUCCUCGUUGACCACGACAAAG